AUGAAAACAAAAUACCCCAGAUUAUAUGAACUUGAAAAAAAGAAGUCAUGUAAAGUUUCAGAGAGAAAAAACGAAGGCGGGAACAUGUGGAAUUGGAGAUCAUGUCCUAUUGUUGCUGGUUGCUCCUCUGAACUAGAACGUCUUGUCAACGACAUGGAUUCGAUACGAUUACAACCUGGGGUCGAUCAGCUGUCAUGUUUACUAUCGGCGGAUGGAAAAUAUAGGGUGAACCUCCUCAGGAAAAAGAUUGAUCAGGGCUUCACCGCAAAUGUAAACCAUUUUCAAAUAAGUUGGUGUAAACUCAUUCCAAUUAAAGUAACUACAUUCAUAUGGCGUGCUGUGAUGGGGAAAAUACCGUCAGCUGUAGCCCUCUCCUAUCGUGGGGUUACUCUCGAUACUUGUAAUUGUAGCUCAUUUAUUGGUGGAAUUGAAUAUGCAAAUCAUAUUUUGGUGGAAUGUCCUUAUGCGAAUUACCAACGACUGACCUGA